GCUUAAUCCGGAUUAUUACGAGUUUAUCAAACUUUAAAACAAUUAUAAAAUUGAUCCAAUCUUAAAAUUAAUGUUGAUAAUUUUUGUUAUUUCAUUCAUCCCACCAAAUCCUCAUAGUCAAAAACAUAAUUCCAUAUAAUAAUCCACGAUCCCAAAAAUAUCUUAUACUCCAUCUCUCUUUGUCUUUAUAAAACACAAAACCAAAUUUCUCAAAGUUCGAAAAUCAAAAUUAUUUAGGGUUUUUUUCAAGCCCAUCUUGUCUCUCCUAAAAAAUUCCCUUUGAACCCUUAAUUCGCACCAUCAUCUAUAUUCAUAUUGACCCAAAACAAACUACAAAUUCUAUAUAUUCAUUUUUCUCCUUAAUUAUUCUAUUUUCUCCUUUAAUUAAAAUUUCAUUUCCAGCUAAUUUCUUGAUGAUUGCUUUCAUACAUUUCCAAAUCCCCCAUUUGUUCUAAUCUUAGCUUCCUAAAACUCAGACGCCCACCUUCCUAUUCUUUUCAUUUUUCUCAUAAACUUUUUUUUUUUCCUUUUUAUUUUUAUUUUUAUUUUUAACAUUUCCAGCGCUCAAUUUAGUUCAGGUGGACUCAACUGGGAACAGAAGAAAUGGGUGUUUGUUUGCAUGUCCGAAGAAUACAUUGAGGUAAUCAAUUGACUUAAAAAGCUAUAAUCUUUGAUGCCCAUUUCAAUUAAUUUGAUUAAAAAUGUUGUGGGUUUGCUCUGUUAUCAGUCAUUGAACCUAAAAUUAGAGAAACAGAGUGAUUUUGAUGGAGUUUUUUUAGUAAAGAUCAAAUCUUUUUGCUCUGUUCAAUUCCCAUUUCAGCAUUUGUUAUAGGCUUAAUUGAUUUGGGAGGAAUAGAGAUAGGAAAAGAGGGGAAAUUCAUGGCCGAAUGGUCGAUUUUCGAUCACCGGGUUGAGGUGAAUUGCGCUGAGAAUAGUGAGAGUAGUGAGCUGAUUAAUGGGUGUUUGUUAUCUAAGAGUGAUGAUGAUGUUAAAUGGGGUGAUUGUGAUGACAAUUUGCGCAGUUUAUUUGAUCAAGUUCUAAUGGUUUUGUCAAGGGGUGUGUAUGCCAAUGGGAGUAGGCCGAUUCCGGCAUUGUUGGGGGACGGUCGAACUGUGGAUUUAUUCAAGCUGUUCUGUUUAGUGAGAGAUAGAGGCGGUUAUCAUUCGGUUUCGGAGGAUAAUUUGUGGGGCUUAAUUGCUGAAAAGUUUGGGUUUGAAUGUACAAUGUGUGGAUCCCUUAAGUUGAUUUAUUACAAGUAUUUGGAUGAAUUGGACCAAUGGUUAAAUAGAAUUACUAGAGAAAAGGUUUCAGCAAAUGGGAGUUAUGAGUGUGGAGGUAGUUUAGGGUUAUUGUCAUUAGAAUUGGAGAAAAGGUUAAGGAAUUUUUCAACAGAUGGGAAUGAGUUUACUAUGGAUAAUAAUGGCAUUGGAUAUGAUAAGAUUUGCAAGAAUGUUAAAGUCACUGCGAAGGAAACUUUGCAUUUGCCAAAUGCUGAAGAGGGAACCGAAGUGCAUAACGUUGUGGUUAAGCUUGCUGUUGAUGAUGGGGAUGGAUCAUGUAAUAAUAAGGAGUUUAUUGGAAAAGCGAAGGAAGAUGUCAUUGAUGAAGAUAAUACUUCUCACAAGAGGAAACGUGACAUGUUUGGAGGAACGCUGGGCUGGAUGAUCAAAGUUGCAAAAAACCCUUGUCAUCCGUCCAUAGGAGUUAUAUCAGGAAGCUCGAGAUGGAAGGAAAGUAGUCACAAGGAUUUCUGGUCAAUAGCACUUAUGGUACGGGAAGCAAGACUGCGAAAAAGAUAUACUGAUUCAAAUGAUCAGCAAUCUCGUUUUCAUCAGAAGAAACAUAAGAUGCAUCCCUCCAUGUAUGAAGACGAUAUUAUCUCUGAUUCUGCUGAAGGACUCAGAUGCAGCAAAAGGCUUCUGUCUUUAACGAAUACUCCUCCUUGUCAAUGUUGCAAGUCAUUCUCCGUUGAAAAGUGUAAGUUCGAUAAUCCUUCAGAGUAUCAAAUCGAGACCGGAUUACAGAAACAAGAACUUGAAAUUGCCAACAUUUCAGAAACAAAAAGAGUAGUCAUUCCAACUUUUGAGGAUUACCCUGUCGAGAAGUAUGUCUUAGUUGGGCCGCAAUUUCAAGCUGAGGUUCCUAUUUGGACUGGUAUUACUUCUGAGAGUGAUUCAAAAUGGCUCGGCACUCAAAUCUGGACUCCGGAAAUGCAAGAAGUGAAUUAUAGUUGUGGAAUCAAACUUGUGGGCAAGGGAAGACUAGAGUCAUGCAACUGCUUCUUUCCUGGUUCGGUAGAAUGCUACAGAUUUCACAUUGCAGAAAACAGGAUGAAAUUAAGGCGUGAGCUGGGUUUGGCUUUCUAUCAUUGGAAGUUCGACCGUAUGGGUGAGGAGGUUUCUCUUUCUUGGUCAGCCGAAGAAGAAAAGAGGUUUAAGCAAAUCAUCAGAUCGAACAAUCCAUUUUUGGGAAAAUCAUUUUUCCCUAGGAAAACAAGAAUGGACUUAGUUAGCUACUACUUUAAUGUCUUUCUUAUCAAACGCAGGAGUUAUCAGAAUCGAGUGACUCCAAAAGAAAUUGACAGUGAUGAUGACGAAACUGUAUUUGGCUCCGUUAGUGAAGCAUUUGGGUACAAGGCAGUGAAGGUCUUAGGAUCAGAGCCCCUGAAAUGCUUCCAAAAUAAGCAGGUCAUUGACUUGGAUUAGUCUUCCAAAAUUCUGGUAUGAGAGCAUAAUGUGGCUAUCUUCUAAUGUUGCAGCCAUCCGUUUUCACUGGAUUUGACUGGCUUCAUCGUCGUCAUGUCCUGUGCGGCUGUGCUCAGCCGAGUACAUGAAUUUGGAGAUAUGGGAAGGUAAGUAUGGUAUGUUAUUAGCCAAAAUUUGUGCUAGUCAGACUCACAGAUACAGAGCCUCAUUUACCAGUCUUGCAAGCGUGGUCAGUUUGUAAAGCUGUUUAACUGACCACAAAACUUCUCAGUUUUGAUAAAUUUUCUUUUUUCUUUUUUCUUUUUAGUUGAAUAGAUGAUACAGUAGAAUCUAGUCAAGAGUUACAUGGUUUUGGAGUUCAAUGGUACAUAUUUUCUUUCAUCGGAAGUUUGGAAAUGCUAGGUUAUAAAAUUUUCGCAAAGCUUUUAAUUUGUA